AUGGUUCACAAGGUGCUUAAAGCUCGAUAUUUUCUAAACUGUAAUUUCUUGGCAGCUAGUAAAGGAAGAACUUCUUCAUAUGUUUGGAGGUCUUUGAUUUGGGGUUGUGAAUUGCUCUUGAGUGGGCUAAGGAAGAGGAUUGGAGAUGGACAAGAAACUCUUGUUUAUGGUGAUGCUUGGAUUCCUAGACCUAAUUAUUUCCGCCCUAUUUCCCCUCAAGUGUUGGAUCAAGAAACUAAAGUAAGUGCUCUUAUUUUUCCUAUUGGGAAUUGGAAUGUUGAUUUAUUAAACUUGUGUUUUCAUGCGGAAGAUGUUAAGGCCAUUACCUCUAUCCCUUUGAGUGUUAAUUAUCACAAUGAUAGAUGGAUUUGGCAUUAUACGACUAAUGGAGUUUAUUAUGUGAAAAGUGGAUAUAGGCUGGCGAUAUCAAGAAAAAAGGAGUGCAGUGGGGCUGUUGGAUCCAAGGAUUAA